GUCGCCCCCCACCGCCUAGGGUUUCGAUCAAAAGCCUAGGGUUUUGUUUUAUGCUCACUCCUCCUCCUCUCUUCCGUUCUCCGCCGCUUCUUAGAUCUAGGGUUCCUCCCUCCGGCCGCUUCCAUGGACGCAGCCGUCUCCGGCGCGGUCAUCGCGAAGCGCCUGGCGUCCUGCAACAAGUCCGUCCGCGACCGCGCCGUCCGCGCCCUCAUAGCGUGGCUUCCCCAGCAGCCCGACGCCGCCGUCUCCGAGGGCGACCUCCUCAAGAUCUGGAAGGGCCUCUUCUAUUGCGUCUGGCACUCCGACAAGCUCCCGGUCCAGGUCGACCUCAUCAACCGCCUCGCCUCCCUCCUUGAGGCCCUCGAAGCCCCCCUUGCCGCCCGCUACUUCGAGGCUUUCAUCCUCACCAUCCGCCGCGAAUGGGGUGGCAUCGACUUCCUCCGCCUCGACAAGUUCUACCUCUUGAUCAGGCGGUUCCUCCGCCACCUCUUCCUCCUCCUCAGGAAGAACGAUUGGGAUCUCGAUCUCUCCGCCCGCCUGAUAGGGAUUCUGUCGGAAAAAUCGCUUCUUGCUGCCGAUAAGUACCCGGCUCAGGGAGUCAAUUACCACAUUGCCGAGAUUUUCUUGGAUGAGAUCACGGAGUUCCUCCCACUCAGCGUGGAAACCCUAGACGUGCUGCUGAAGCCCUUCCUCUCUGUACUGGAGAAGUCUCCUGAUAAGGUGUUGGUGCAUAAGAUCAAGGUGAAUGUUUUUGAUCAGUUGCUCCAGCACGGUGCGAAGCUGUUAGAUGUUGAGAAGGCUGGAAACCAAGUGGAGUCGGGCACCGACAUCGAGAAAUUUGGCAAGAUUACUUUGGUAUUGAUAUUUUCCAAAAAGUUCCUCGACUCUGCUUCAGCUUCUGAGACACUUCAGGGCAAUAGGAAAGCCCUGUUUGGUUUGCAUGAUGGUUUCCUCAAACUGGAGAAGGAUUUAGAGAAAUCAGGAGUUCAUAUUUCUGUCCAGCAUCUAGAAAAUGGGAAUUCAUUGAAAGUGCCUGAGCCGGGUGUUUCAGAGAACUCUGAACUACUUGAGGUGGAGAUGGGAAGUGGCGGUGGGGCUUCGGAUGAUCAGCCACCCAAGAAGAAGAAGAAGAAAUCAAAGAAAGCAUCGGGUGGCACCGAGAAGAAAAGCAAAUCCAAAAAAAAGAAGUCUUUGGAUUCAAAUACAGAAACUAACGAUGCUGAACCAAUCAUUGAGGUUAAUAAUGUGAUUAAUGGUGGGAAUGUUAAAUGGGAUGCUACGGAAACCCAUGACUUGAUUAAUUUUGAUGAAUGCGUUAUCUCAGGUCUUCAGAAGCAGUUUGAGAAAGCUGCUGCUGAAGCUGGAAUGGCAAAUGAUAACGAAAGAUUAAGUGCUCUGCCAGCAUCGCUGGUUACUGAUACCAUGCCUAAGAAGAGAAAAAGAGCCAAGAGUGCAGACUGGAAGACCACCACUAGUGGAAGUGAUGCUGAUGGAGGAAGCAUAGCAGGAAAGAGCAGAGAGCAGAGUGUCAAGAAGGUUAGGUUUUCAAUGAAGAAGAACUUGGUCUGGAAGCCACACAACCCUUUGCCUCCCCAGAGUUUGAGAUUGCCGCCAUCUGCUACUCCGAGAGGUAGUGCACUAAAAAAAGGUAUUCCUCCUGGCCCUAUCAAAGAGACCCCUCCGACAGUUAAAAAGAUCAAGGUGAAGUCCAACUCUGUGAAGAAAGGCAGGAAGCGCUCUGCUGUUUCUUCAGCUGUGAAGCACCUCCUGAAGCUACAAAGCCUUUCCACAUAGAUUAGUGGAAAUUUCUGGGAAGUAUCUUUGCUAUUUGUACUGGAUUUCCAGCUUCACACAGUUAAGAAUUAUGUUAAUGUGUUGAAUGGAACAAUAUUUUGACAGUAUGGAGAAGUAGAGAACAAUGCAAAUGGAGGUGAUGGUAGUCAUUGACUGGCAGGACAAUGAUUAGUGCAAUUAGCAUUGGAAAAAAUUACAAAUCUGAUUCAGAAAUGAUAAAUAUUUGGCUGCGAAGCUGCUUAAUUUUAUCUCAGCAUCUCUCAAGACAGUAAGCUGUAAACUGAGCAGAAUGGAGGCGAAGGAUUCAUGUAGGCAAGCCUAACUAAUUUAGGAUCAAGGCUUAGUUGUGUUGUUGCAAGUCUGCUUAAUUCGCAAGAUUUGAUAUCAUAUAAUUACUUGGAGGAGUUUUGCCAUGCUGCAGUUUGAACGUUGAUUCCAGAUUUUGAUUACUUGUAAUGCUACUAUUCUAGUGGGAUAGGCUUGCCAUUUUGCUAAGAUUGAAGCCCUUGGUUGAAUCUUCCUCUUUUUAAAGGAUUUUCUUUUUUGUAGUUCUUGGGCAUCUUGGAUUUAGUAUUGAACAGGAUCAUCCAUGCAUUCCCCUUGGUCACCUUGUGCAUAGCUCUCUCUGGCCAUUCUGCUGAGAUGGAAUGUAAUCUGCUAUGAUAUAAAAAGAUGGGAUUCGAUGAAGGCUGCAUCCCUUUGUUUAGCAAUGAAGACAGCAUCAUGGAAGAUUCUGGCUCUGGAGUUAUCCAAGAGUAUAUAUGAUAUGAGGCAGCCGCCGCAAGUUACAACAAAUGUGGUCUUUGACCAUGAACCUUGGUUCUGCUACACUCGAUGCCAGAUUGCUUAAUACAAUAAUAUGUUUUUGUUUUUUUUAUUAAUGUCUUGAUUUGUAGACCCAUGGAGUCCAUGGUGUUUGAUUUAUGCAAGAUUUUACCUAGUUUGGUGCGAUAGGUUCUGUGAUGGUUCUCAACUAUGUGACACCCUGCAACUAUAAUCAUCCUGUGGGAUGUGAGAACCAUGGCUUGAAGCAGGCGUACUGGACCAAGCAUAACUGCAUAAA